AACUCCUCCUCCCGCUCCAGAACUCCGCGCGCCUGGCCGAGUGUUCCAGUCCGGUGAAGCUCGCGACCCCGCGGUUAUCGCGCGCCACGUGCACAGAAGAGAUUAAGACCCCCAGGAUGUUAUUUUCCAUCACAGAGCACAAGACCCAUUCGGGAUAAUUAUUAUCAUCGUUGCUGUUAUUAAAUCUUCGCUUGUCUUGGAGGUUUUUUUUCCCCCCUCCUUUUCUUUCUCUCCCUUGGAUGAAAGCGUGCGCGCGCGGAACUAUGACUUGGAGCUCGCGCUCGGGUCUGGCGCUGCACGCUCUGCUGCUGCUGUUGAGCGGAGGGGCAGGAGUGGUGCGCGCGUUCGGUACAGGCGGCACGGAGGAGGAGGAGUCGGAGUCUGCGUGCGAACCGAUCCGCAUGUCCAUGUGCCGUGACCUAGGCUACAACGUCACGCGCAUGCCGAACUUGGUUGGCAAUGUACUGCAGGCGGACGCGGAGUUACAGCUGUCCACUUUCACCCCGCUCAUCCAGUACGGCUGCGCCAAACAGCUGCGGUUCUUCCUGUGUUCAGUCUACGCCCCGAUGUGUACAGAGAAGGUUCCGGAGCUGAUUGGUCCGUGUGGCAGCAUGUGUCUGUCCGUGCAGAGGAAGUGUUUGCCCGUGCUGCAGGAGUUCGGCUUUUCGUGGCCUGACCUGCUGAACUGCAGCCUGUUCCCGCCCACAAAUGACCACGCCCACAUGUGCAUGGAGGGGCCGGGCGAGGAGGACGAGGACGACGUUCGCUUUCCUUCAGUGCGCACGCUACGGCCACGCCACGGCCUUGACGCCGAAUGCAUCCCUCUUGACCAUGACCCUGGAGAUGACCCGACACCCCCAGACCGCUACGUGUGGUCAAAGCGCAGCAGUUCCUGCGUGCUGCAGUGUGGCUAUGACUCGGGAUUAUACAGCCGCUCUGCCAAGACAUUUGCUGACGCCUGGAUGGCACUGUGGGCGGGGCUUUGCUUCGUUUCCACCUCCUUCACAGUGUUGACAUUCCUGCUGGACUCGGGACGGUUCGCCUACCCAGAGCGUCCCGUCGCGUUUCUGAGCGUGUGCUACAACGCGUACAGUGCUGCCUUUCUGGUAUUGUUAGCAGCUGGACGUGAGCGCGUGUCAUGUGAUGCCGAUGAGGCUGCCGUCCCAGUCCUAGCGCGGGACGGUUUAAAGAACUCGGGCUGCGCUGUGGUCUUCUUGUUAGCUUACUUUUUCGGUAUGGCGAGCUCAGUAUGGUGGGUAAUCCUCACACUGACUUGGUUCCUAGCAGCAGGACUUAAGUGGGGACAUGAGGCCAUUGAGAUGCACAGCUCCUACUUCCACGUGGCAGCGUGGGCCAUCCCAGCGAUUAAAACCAUCGUGGUGCUUGUCAUGCGCCUGGUCGAUGCGGAUGACCUCACCGGCCUGUGCUACGUCGGCAACCAGAACCUGGAGGCACUCACUGGUUUCGUGGUGGCACCACUGUUUACUUAUUUAGCUGUUGGGACGCUGUUCAUUGCCGCCGGACUUGUCUCGCUGUUUAAGAUCCGGUCCAACUUGCAGAAGGAUGGCGCCAAGACGGACAAGCUGGAGCGGCUUAUGGUGAAGAUAGGCGUCUUUUCCGUGCUCUACACCGUCCCGGCUUCCUGUGUUGUGGCGUGCUACUUCUACCGCGUCUCAAAUUGGUCUGACUUUCAGCGAGCGCCGAGUGACUCGUAUGCCGCUGCCGAGAUGCUCAGGAUCUUCAUGUCCUUGCUGGUGGGUGUAACUUGUGGCAUGUGGGUGUGGUCUGCCAAGACGCUGCAGACCUGGAAACGCCGCUGGACACGCCUACUCUGCCCACAGAGCAACACACGACGGACCCACACCAACAAAAAUGGCAGUGGUAAAGGGAAUGAGACUGUGGUGUGAAGCAGUGACAUCUGGUGGACACUUGAUGUCACUGCAUCAUUGUUCUCUCUGGACAGAUUUCACCAGAUUGUUGUUUGUUUUUGUUUUUUAAACACUGGACAAUAUGGCACAGUGAAAAACAUGCAGAAAGACACAAUAAGAAGUUGUGUCAUGACAGGAAGCUGCAUGGUGGCAGGAAGUAGCAGGGCUGCUUCUCCAGUCUUGCUGAAUGGACAAUGUGCCUUGUUUCUCAGACUUCCUGCCACUCUUUGCUUUGCUCCCACAUUGUGGUAGCUUUCAUUUACAAUGCAGCAAAGACACAUGGGAAAUUGAGGUUUUUUUCCUUCUCCAGCACCAUUUACCUCGCAUCGAGAUCUGUCCUCCGCAAUCGGAUUCUAAAACCCCGGUUUAGCGUUUGACUUCCUGUAUGCAAAAUAGCAUCCUGCUCGCGAGCUCUUCAGUCAUUAGCAAUAUGUAGCACUGAUUUGUGAAACACACUGAGUGAUGUUUUGUUUUGUUUCACUAAAGUUCACUCUAAUGUGGAUGUAUCCUCAACGCCACACCCCGUUCACUAUAUAGUUCACAUAAACAUGUUGAACGUCAUCAGUCCAUCGUGGACAGUCUAUGUAGGAUACAUCGUUUGUAUGGAUUUUGUGUCUGCAUUGGAUGUCCUCCAUUAUAGGCUCUUUUCUUGUUUCCCGGGUAACGACAUAAAAGACGGUCCAGAUAUUAGCAACAUGUUAAAAUUUGGAGGGUUCAUUACUGAAUGAACCAGCCAAGGGUCUUGUUCAUUAGCUGACGAAUUGACCCUGGUGAUAGGCAACAUCUUAAAAACACGAAGGUGACCUUCAAAACAAAAAAAACAAAACAAAACAGUGAAAUCAGACGAUUUCUGAAAAAAUCCUGGAGUGUUUCCAAUUAGCAAUCUAUUUCUCCUAGUUAUGUGAGAAGGGUCUUAAAUGUAAAAUGGCUACCUUGCUAAAAUUUCAAGGAUUAACGUCAGCCAGGAGAUUCUUCCAGUGUAGAGAACUAUAAAUCUAAUACUGUUUUACAGAACUCACGCCGAGUUUAUCAGAGGAAGUAGUAGAGUAGGUUGUGGGCACCAGGAAAUCAUACUCAGCAUAUACUUAAUGUUCUGUCUCCAUGUUGAUGUACUGCAACUCUAUCAUGUGUGGUUCCUCAUAUUUACCACAGAUAAAUUUAUCUACCCUGAACGCCUAGCAGAGGAAACGGGCGCUUUUCACACUUCCGGGGGUGGGCUGCUGUAAGUAGCUUUCGUAGGUCAACUUUACUUCCAAUGCAACAAGAACAAUUUAGCGAAAGGAAUCCGAAUCAAAAACGAUUGGGAACUGCAGUGGAAUCAAAUGAAACAAACAAGCUGCAACGAGUAGAAAUAAACGAAGCUAAUCUGACAGACUCAAACGCUAACCUCAAAUGUGUGUGUUCCUCUCUCCUCAUUGACUGCUAGCAUAGAGUUCUGAAUAGAACUGAACUGAACUGAGGUAAAUGAUAUCAGAUAUUUACUUCACUACACGCCUAGCUUCGUGAUCGUGUUAACGCUAACGCCGGUUAACCUUACCGUACUCCGCUAGCUCUGAAUGAAUUCUUCCGUGAAGGAUUUUUAAUCUUUUAUGCAGCUUGGAAUUUCUCGUCGUUGAUUUUGCUAACAAUUCUGGACACAUCUUCAAAGAUUAGUCUUGGUAUCAUUGAUUAAAAAAAAUAAAUCAGCUGUAAGGUUUAUGGGAAAUCAUUUUACCUCGUUUCUAUGUAUUUCAGUGGUGUUUUUUUUUUUGUGUGCAAAUGUGAGACGCAAAAAUUCAUGUUAUUUACGUAUUAAAUACAGUAAACCAUGGCUAUUUAAUGAUCAUGCAACACAAACAGGACUAACUAGAGCUAUUUUGAAAUGAAUUAACCGCUAAUCAGGUAGUUCGAGUUUGCUAGCUAGCAUAGCUAGCAAUGGAUAAACAAUAAAACUGCCCCUGUGAUUGUUUGGUUGUUUUUGACCACUGUUCUGACCACCUUGUGCUGUACUAGUUAAGAAGAUUGAACUAAAGUUAUGAUUAAAACACAGAUCUUCUCAGACUAGCACAAAUAAGCUUACACGUCACCUCACCGGGAACACGAUGAGUCCUCCAUUUUUUUGUGGAAAAGGUUUAUUACAAACCAAGUGAAGCACAUAGAGACUGGGUUUACUAAUCUAGAACUUUUUAGGCUUAGCCUUCCCAAACCCUGUCUGCUAUCCGAAAUGGUUCCCUACUCUCAUGCAGUCCUCUGGGGUAUAUUGUUAAGACACUGUUCUCCACUGCGCUACUAGACAAUGCUCCCUAAAUAGCACAUUGUAGUGAAAAGGGUGUGGACGUUCUAGAACCUUCCUGGUCUUAAACAUUUAGGGUGAACCUUUAAAAUGACGAUGCAAGAAAUGUGGGGUAAGUGUGGGGCAAGGGCACGUGCACACACAAACACACACACACACACACACACACAAUGUAAAGUGCAAGACAAUCGCUGAAGUGAAUGUAUGAAUGUAUGUCAUGUUACAAACUUUUACUAAAGUGCCUCAGACACACACACACACACACACACACACACACACACACACACACACUUUACCGGAAGUUCUUCUGGAUUAGUGUGUUCUGGGUUUGUUUGUUUUUUUUUUUGUGUAGCUUUUAAUUGUGUUGUAAUAUUGUAAAAUGCUAAUUUAUCUUUGUAAAAAAAAAAAAAAUCAACAAAAUGUAAAACAGGUUUGUUAUUUAAACAGUUUUGUAUGGGACGAAGAUGAAAUUAAAAACUCUGGGUUUCUGACA